CUCUAAUUAAAUAAAAUAUUUCUUCCUUCUCCAUCUCUCUUUCUUCAAGGUUUUCAGUUCUGCAACAACAGCAAGCUUCAAUCAAAAACUGCACGUUCUAAUUUGCUGCGAUCAAAUCGAAGGAGUCUAAUGAGACAGCAGCGAUUAUGUGCAGCCGCGACUUGCUAAAGUGGAUGGAGAAUUACAAUCAAGGAGAUCUAACCGACAUAAUCAGAGCCACCGGCGGCGCCAAUCCGCCAGCUGAAACCCCCGCCGCCGCGCCGGAGUGGCAGUUUCCCACCAAUCCGAUCGCCUUCUCGGCCGCCGAUUUCGGCGAUCCGUUCGCGCAACUCGGCGAUCCGCUGAUCCACGCGCCUCCUCCUCCUCCGCCUCUGCCAGGAUUCUUCGACAUGAUCAAACCUAGCGACGCCGCCGGGAUGAGAUUUGGGGGAAAUAGCAAUCUAGGUCAAAAAAUUAGCCUCGACAAGGAGAUGAAGAGACCUCCGAAUAUCUUCUCGAGGAUGCUCCAGAUCUCCCCCACCGCGAAGCUGCCGAUACCACUGUCGCCGUGCGAUUCUUUUCCGGCGGCGGCGGUGGCUCCGAUGUUAGUGGCGAAUGAUCAUCAUGCUUUAAUCUCCCCGAGCAACAGCUCGAGAGGGAAUUGCUUGAUUGAAAGCAGCCUGCAGAUCUCAUCUCCGCGAAAUGCGGGGAUCAGGAGAAGAAAAAGCCAGGCGAAGAAGGUGGUUUGUAUACCGGCUCCGGCGCCCGCAAACAGCCGGCCCAGCGGGGAAAUCGUGCCCUCCGAUCUUUGGGCGUGGCGAAAAUACGGGCAGAAACCUAUCAAGGGUUCGCCCUAUCCGAGGGGUUAUUACAGAUGUAGUAGUUCGAAGGGAUGUUCGGCGAGGAAGCAAGUGGAGCGGAGCCGAACCGACCCGAACAUGCUGGUGAUUACAUACACGUCGGAGCACAACCACCCAUGGCCCACUCAGAGAAACGCCCUGGCCGGCUCCACGCGAUCUCAGCCGUCCAAAACCGCCGCCGCCAAAACCUCGCCGAAGCCGAAAGACGAGCAGAAGGAAACCAGCACGGAGACCGCCGCCCCGUCGUCGACGAAUUCCGCCGCCGUGAAAGAGGAGGUGGAUCAAGAAUUCGACAACAACAACAACCAAACAAUGGAAGCGGCGGAGGAGGCGGAAUUCGACGAUGGGUUCUCGCAGCAGAGCUACAAGCCGGCGUUGCCGGAAUCCAAUCAAAACGAAGACAGCUUCUUCGCCGGCCUCGGCGAGAUCGAGGCCGAUUCAUUGGACUUGCUUUUCAUACAGGGAUUUGACGGCCGUGAUCACGGCGGCAAGGGUUUGGACCCUUUCGGCUUCUACGAUUGGGGCGGAACCACCACCGCAGCCGCCGCCGCUUCCAGCGGCGGCGCAGGCGGAGAGGAUGAGGGGGAUUCGUGACAUGAUGUUAAGCAACAGAAGCCCCCACUCAGUUCCAUGCAUGAUUUAUGAGUGUGAGUUUUUUACACGUGGGGAGGGGUUUUUUUUCCCAACUUAUCUUUAUUUUACAUUAGUUUUUUUAUUUAAUUUUUUCAGGGUUUAAUCUAGAUUCAGAAAUUAUAUGGUGAAAAAAGGGUUUUAUUUGUAUUAUGAUAAUUAAUUAAGAAGUGAGAGAGUGGUGGUUAA